AUGGCCUGUCCAUUUCCUUAUACCUAUGUCUCGUGCCCCUGUGCCGACACACCUAUCCCCGACCCAGCCAGAAAGCGCAGGUCCAGGGAGUCGCCGCAGAAAUCAACCCCCGAGCGCACAAAUGCUAGCAGCGGUCAGGACACACAGGAAGUGAAACCGCCGCACACUCAAGAUGAGCAAGAUGAAGAGGAGGAGGAGGAGCAAACCUUCGACCCGAGAUCACCUCGGUCCAACUUUUCACUAUAUCCACCUGAACAACUCCUUUACUGCGAAGAUUGCCACCAGAUCAAAUGCCCGCGAUGUAUAACGGAGGAGAUUGUGAGCUGGUACUGCCCGAACUGCUUAUUUGAGACACCCAGCAGCAUGGUGAGAGGAGAUGCAAACCGAUGCGGUCGGAACUGCUUCAAUUGUCCCGUCUGUACAGCUCCGCUAUCUGUCAGUACAAUUGAGAAUGUCACAGGAAAUGGAAAUCAGCAAGGCCCUUGGGUCUUAUCCUGUGGUUAUUGUCUUUGGACAACGCUUGACAUCGGUAUCAAGUUCGACAAACCCACCAAUAUUCGCAACCAGCUACAGAAGAUGACCGACUCUCUAUCUGGCCCAGCAUUUGAUACUCGGUCAAGACAAGGAUCCCGCGCUUUCGGCGAUCUCAAAUCACCUUUGUCCAAUCUGGCAUCUAUUGAAGAGCCCGCUACUACUCAAGAUGGCGCAGAGGCCCGAUUUGCGACUCUGAAGAACUUCUAUCGGUCACAAAUUUCCGAGACAUCGACUUCUCCAAGUGAUCCUAUGGGCUCGGACUUUGGGUUCUCGUCGCCCGGUGCGUUGAACCGACUCAUGUCUCUGUAUGCUUCAUCGUCACGUCUAAGCGGACUUUAUGGCGGAAAUAAGAAGCAAAAGCCCAAGCCACCAGUCAUGCGCGAAGCAAUAAACGCUAGCGAGGGUCUUCGCAUUGCCUCAGAAGACGGCGACGCCUCCAUCAUAGAGCGACUUGCUUCCCCGGAUUGCGGUUGGGAUGGCGUAGCAUCACUGAGCCAGCGCACAGAACAAUCUCCUGAUGUCCGAUUCUCCCAUGACCUAUUGCCAUUACCGGUGCUUCUUCGCACAAAACGUGCUAAGCGAUGCAAGUCCUGCAAGCAUAUUCUCGUCAAGCCCGAAACCAAACCACAAUCUACACGCUUCCGUAUUCGCCUUAUUGCUCUCAGUUACAUCCCACUCCCGACAUUACGUCCCCUUACGCUUCCAUCUUCGUCUCUGGUCCCGUCUCCGGCUCCAGAUCUGAAUGCACUGGCCCCGUUGCGUCCCGUCCAUGUUCUGCUUACACUGAAGAAUCACAUGUUUGAUCCGGUGCGCAUUACCCUGGCUACUCCGUCUGUUACUCCAGGCCGCGUCGCAAGCAAAGUGACGGUGCUUUCCCCUCAAUUCGACAUUGGGCCCAACAGCGAUGUCUGGGAUGAGGCUUUACAAGGUGCGUCGGCGCCUAUCACGACCGAUCCUCGCCUCCGCGCUGCCGAGAAGGUUCCUGAGGCCGGCAAGGUCUGGGACAAGGGUCGCAAUUGGACUACAGUUGUUCUUGAAGUGGUCCCAGGAACACUACCUGGCUCGGAAGCUGAGGGUGGAAAGGAAGGGGCCGAUGAGGAUGAGCUCGCAGUUGCUUCGCAGCAAGAUGAGGAUGUUCUCGAAAUCCCAGUGUUUGUGCAUAUGGAAUGGGAUGCCGAGGCACAGCUCGAGCAGCAGAAUGUUGGAAAGGAAGCUAAGCCAGGUGACUUGGUGGCUCGAGAGUUGGCCUACUGGAUGGUGCUUGGUGUGGGGAGGAUCACGGCGUCGUUGUAG